AUGACCAAAAAUGAUGCUGGGGGACAACGGGUGCUAGUCAACAAGUGGAGCACCUUCAACAAGGCCCGGUUGGUGUGCUCUGUCCCAGGACCAGAUGGCAUUGACACAUACUUCGAUGAACUGGAGGAUGUCUUUCUUCUAAGAACUAAAGAUGGGAAAAGCCCUGAGGUCUAUGCACUGUUUAGCACCAUCAGCAAUGUCUUCCAAGGCUUUGCCAUCUGUGUAUAUCGUAUGGCAGACAUCUGGGAAGUUUUUAAUGGACCAUUUGCUCAUAAAGAUGGUCCAGAUCAUCAGUGGUCAGCUUAUGAAGGCAAAGUGCCUUACCCAAGACCAGGAGUUUGUCCCAGCAAAACCACCAAUCAGCCAAGCCGGCAAUACUCCUCCACCAAAGACUACCCUGAUGAGGUUCUACAUUUUGCACGUGCCCAUCCACUGAUGAGCAAAUCUGUGUAUCCACUCCAUCGCCAACCUGUGCUGGUGAAAACCAACCUGCAACACCACCUGCGACAGAUUGUAGUGGACCGUGUGGAAGCUGAGGAUGGGCAGUAUGAUGUGAUGUUCAUUGGCACAGAUGCUGGCUCAGUACUGAAGGUCAUAGCCCUUCAGGGAGGGAACUCUGCAGCACCUGAAGAAGUCAUUUUGGAGGAGCUUCAACUGUUUAAGGCACCAGUCCCCAUUACUGAGAUGGAAAUCUCUGUCAAACGACAAAUGCUUUAUGUGGGCUCUCGGGUGGGAAUUGCCCAAGUGAAACUGCAUCAGUGUGAAACAUAUGGGACAGCCUGUGCAGAGUGUUGCCUAGCUCGGGACCCCUACUGUGCCUGGGAUGGCCUCACCUGCACUCGGUACCAGUCAUCAGGCAAGCGUCGCUUCCGCCGGCAGGACAUCCGGAAUGGGAACCCUAUGCACCAGUGCCUGGAUCAAAACUUGACAGUUGAUGAUUUUGACAGUGCCGAGGAGAAGAUGGUGUAUGGGACUGAGCACAACAGCACCUUCUUGGAGUGUGUCCCAAAGUCACCCCAAUCUGCAGUGCAAUGGUUUGUCCACAGAUCCCCUGAGGAACUAAGAGAUGAGGUGAAAACAGAUGACCGGAUCAUCAAGACAGAGCAAGGAAUGCUGUUCCGGAAGCUCUUCCGUCAGGAUGCUGGCACAUAUUACUGCAGGGCCCAGGAGCAUGGCUUCACUCAGACCAUCACCAAAAUCGUGUUGGAAGUGAUUGAGAGUGAGCAAUUGGAACAAGUUUUCCAGCGGGAGCAGGAGGAGGAACUGCUUCGCCCACCUUGCCGGGGUCCGGAUCCCCGCAUGCUCCACGGCCAGAGGAUGUGGUUCAAGGACAUCAUGCACCUCAUUGGCUAUGCCAACCUGCAGAGAGUGGAGGAGUACUGCGAAAGGGUGUGGUGUGGGGAUCGCCAACUAAGGCACAAAGGCCGCCCCCUUAAGAGCAAGAACAUGUUGGAUGGUGGCAAAAAAGGACGGGGCAAGCAGCAUACUGAGAGGAACCGGGUGCCUAGGCAAGCAGUGGCCACAUAAGAAGAGAGGGUAGUGGAUGCUUGGCCAGAGGGGAUCACAAAAGGAGGAAGGUCAUUCUGGACCAACCUUCCUCUUCUUGAAAGAAAACCAGCCACUCCAGGAACUGUCCUUGUGAUGGGGCUUGUCUUGGUGAAAGGGACUACCUUGCUGAAUAGCUGAGCCUGGAAUUUCUUCUUGCUGGAAGCACACCACAAAAGACAAAAGACUGUUAACUUGCCAUCCCAUUUUGAUAAUUUUCACUCACACAGUGGUGGGUGGCAAGCCUAGAGCUAUCAGGAUUGGGACUGGGAAGCAGGCAUGACCUCCCAAACAUCCUUUUUGGGUCUUGUCCCUGGAAUAGGGACAGACUGGUCAUUGAUCUCACCAAGUUGUGCUUGCCCUGACUAUGCCCAUAUUUAUUUCCUGGUGGAUGAUGUGAAGCAUAUUAUAUUGACAGGGCAUCAUGUAUUUACAGAUGAUGCCCAUCAGCUACUUUUCAUUUAACUAUGACAGCCAUCCUCUUUAUUCUCAGGUCACCUGGAUUCAGAAGUACUGGCUGUGGGCCUGGAGAAUGGGGAUAAUAUUGAGUCUGGAAAAGUUUGGGAUAGCCUUGAUGUUGGAACUCCUGGUUUCUCAAGUUGUGUAUACUCAGAGAGCUGCCCCAUAUGAGAAUGAUGUACAGUGUGACUGAGGCACCAAUGGAGAUAAGCUAGUUCUGUGUGCCUGCAAAAGUAGAGUACCAGCAGCAGGAAUGGAAGCACCAUCCAUACUUUGCUUUAAAAGAUUUAUGAAAAUAGUAGGGAGGCUGGUUGCUGGGUAUUGGUGGACACAUCCAAACAGUACUCUCCUGGAGGAGACAAAGGACAGCAACAUGAGCCUUGGGUGCAGCAGGUGUGUACAGCAGGUAUCACACCUUGGACGUGAAUAUACCUGAUCUAACUGGACUUCUACUAUAAUGUUGGUAGUUGGAAGGUGAAUGGAUUUGGACCAUAGGCCACAGAUGCAGUUGUCAUUUGUGCUGGCCAGACAAAUAUUACUUGUGGAGCUAAGGAUCUGGAUUGUCCCAGUCGUGCUCUGACCAGCAGGCAGAAAGCAGUCUAAACUCUUAGGACAUUUGAGCACAGAAGGCUUAAAGUGGCCAGCUGUUUUUGUAAAGUGACUGUAAAGCCUAUGUUCACCAGAAUAGUUAUUUGAAAAACGCUCCUCUCUCUUGCUUUGUCUUUUAAGUGAGCAGCAGUCAGAUUUUAACAUAAAUAUUGCCUGGCAGGCAGUGUGCCUUCUCAAUUGCAAAAUGAAGUGAGAAUGAGGAUUUCAGGGGGAGGUCAAAUGAACAGCAAAAAAAGGAGCUAAGCUGUUGUUUCCCUCUAUCCCUUUCUGUCACAAAGCACCCUCCUUCGUGUGGGAACAAAGAAGGAGCCACCAUUUGUACAUCACUUCCAGAUAUCAGUAGAUAUGGGAUGUGGUAUAGCAAUUAAUUAAUAAUUUACGCAUGGCAGCAGAGUAAUAUAGCUUUAAUCCUCAGCCGUGUAUAUGUGAACUUCCUAUGCUUUGCAUGUGAUCUCAUUCUACCCAGAAUAGACUUUAACAAUAUGCAGGAUCCUCCCAGCUUGUAUCUUUCAAGCAUUCCUAGCAACAUUUCUAUGACCCAAUGACAGAACCCCAGAAGGGUGUUUACCUUAAGUAAGCUCUGUCUUUCAUUCUUGUGUCUCUGGGGCUGUGUUGAUCCCUUAGAAGAAAUUGAUUUAAACACAAGCAGCUGAAUGAAAACCAUCAGUUUAUUCAACAAUAAAUCAAACCUUUAUGCAGCAAGUAGAGGCUUGAGGCUAACUUUUUCCUUUCUUGUUUUCAAAGAUUUGGUGUUCUUCAGCACAGUGAGUGGUCUUAUAGCAAGUUGUGCCUGGGAUUGAGAAUUUUGUUUGUUGGUUUGGUAAAACUUCUUUCUACAGUUUUCCUGUGGAAUUAAAUGCUGCUUGUUUUCUACAAAUACUUACUAAAAACAAUAAAGACUCUGUGGAGUCUUAAAGACUAACAACUUUGGCAUAGCUUUUCAUGUAGAGAAGCCCACUUUAUCAGAUGAAUCUGAAGAUGGCUCCAGACCACAGAAUAGUGUACCAAACAAAACUUGUUGAUCUUUAAGGUGCCACUACGCUCUAUGUUAUUAAUUUUGGUGAGGCAGAUUAACAUAGCUACCCUCUUACCAAACAUUAUGUUAAAAGAGUCUGUUCAUGGAAUUACUAUGCUUUUGUAAAACGAAUAGGAAGCAUGGCUAUGUGCAAAUUCUUCCUGAAGUAAGGUGCCCUCUAGGUCAGUGCUUCUUAUCUGAUGUGAUGGACUGCCAGAGGCUUUCCCCCACAAUGUCCCAUGGACUGGCACCAUUUUUGCCCAAUAACUUUCUUGGAAAAUUUCCAAGGUUUGGCAAGAAAUGAAUUGGAGACAGCCUCCACCACUUAGAGUAACACUGUUUUAGGUGACCCAUUUCUGGAAAGAGUUAUUUACAUUCAUAAGUGGUAUUGUUAUAAAUGGGCAGCUACAGACCAUUGUUUAUGUCCAACUCUCCAGUCAGCUGUUUAUUCCUGGUUAUGCAUUUGCAUGCUUUGCUGGCAGAAUAGCUCCAGAAAGUUAUACCACCAUCCUUUUCCUGCCAAGAAAUAAGGCAUGCUGAAAUUUGUGCAGCAGCAACAUUCUCUGGGGAAAUCUUCAAUGGGACUGCACCACCUUGGAUCACUGGAUUAGCUGAAGGAUUGACACAUAAGGAAUCACUUAUUGGCAUCACAUUGCUUCAGCACCCUAAAACAUAUAAUUGGAACUAACAAUAACCCAUACUGAAGUGUUUGUUUAUUUAUAUUCCCUUUAUAAUUGAAACACUGCACAUUUCAAAAUGUUAAAUUUCAUGUACUAUAAAGUACAUAUACGUAAAUUUGCUUUUAUGCAGUCUUGAAAUUAUCCUAACAAACCUGUUUGUUCUGUGUGCAGGUUGCCACUGUCCAGUCUGAGAAAUUUUCAGGCUGUGGGCCAAGUUAGCUUCCACAUCACUGUCUUCUUGACACGGGGUAAGAUGAGGAGCAUGUGGGCUGGCAGAUGCUGUGAGACAAAUGAAUAAUCCAGUGUGUAUAAAUUUAAACUAUGCAAUCGAUGCCCCAAGUAAAUCUUGGAAUCACUGGCACAAUAUGAAUGGAAGUACCAUCACUAUUUCACCAUGAAGGCUUUGUGUAAUGCUGGCGCCUUUUCACACUACCAGUUAUAGCAUUAUGAUUCCAAUUUAUUUGCCCUGGUUCAAUCCUAUGGAGUCCUGUGACUUGCUGUUUUGUGUAGCAGUUUGCUUUCUGGAGUAUAAUUGGAGGCAAACUGGCACUCCUGCAAUGCAUGCCAAAGGAAUCUGGCAAAGCUGAGUUUAUGCUAAGUCCAGUUAGAAACUUUCAGGUUUCCCAUUAAAACAAUGAGAAAACACCAGGCCUAUUUGUCUACCUCUCCAAAGUACUACCUCUCUUUUGUGAGUUUACUUCCACUUUUUCAAAAGUGUCCAGCCUUGCAAAAAAAUUAAACCUGUUGAAGGUGGAUAUAUUCAGAUCAUGCUAGGGAUAAAAAAGAUGAGCUGAUUUAAAAACCUCCAUUCGUUUAUUUACAUAAAAAAGUGAUGGUUGUGAAGAAAAUGGAUGAGAAAUUAGGAGGAGGGAUUAGGGAGGAAUUGGUGAGGGAUAGAAAUAACAGCAAAACCAAUACUGAGAAAGGAAACAACAAUGUCAUUCAUAUAUAAACACCAUUGUCUUCUAACCAUACAAACAUUCCCUGUUGCAGUUUGUAUUCUUAAGAUCUAACAGUGACACUCUUCCUCUUGCAUAAGCUUUCAUAGAUUCUACUUCCUCAGAUGCAUGGCACAGAUGCAUGAGGAAGUAGACGAAAAAUCUAGAAAAGCUUAUGCUAUAAUUUCUUUCAUACAGUUAGGGGCUGUACAGACUGGCUUGAAACGCUGCCGUAGGGCGUGGCAUUUGGAUGAUGCACCCCCACGCCAGCGUCAUGCAACCUGCCCAAUCGCACUGCGGGUGGCGUCAGUGCUCCUUUGGUGCAGUGUUUAUACAAGGCAUGCUGAAAGGAGCAUCGAAAAGUGCUGCCACGGUGGCAUGGCCACCUUUUUGCCAGCUCUAAAAAGUGGCAUUUUGCCAUUUCUUUUAGAGCCAGCAAAGCGGCAGAUCAGAGCCACGGUGUGUGAUUGCCACUAAAAUGGACAGCACAGAACCACUCUUUCGGGGCAGUCUGUUUUGCUCCUAUGUCUCAAAGGUGCUACAAGAUCCCUUUACAUAUUGAUGUUCCACACUAACAUGGCUAUGUCUCUGAACUCUUCCUCCUGAUAGUGCUUCAUUUUGAAGGAAAUGGCGUCAGCUUUGGUCUAUCCUUUGUGUCCAGGGACUGACUUCUGCACUGAAAAAAGGGCUCCUGUUUGCUUCAAAUCUCUUAUGCUAAGCCAAAAUCCUCUGAAUUUUGGUGUGUGUGUGCUUUCCCUAUGGCCCCAAACGGAUGCUUUACUCUGGGCAACCAUGAUCCCUGAAGCGUGUGAGCACACUACCCUAUAUGCACAUCAAACAGAAUAGUUUGACAGUUGCAAAUGAAAACUUUUAACACCUGUGAAGUUAGGAAGACAGGCAAUUGAGGCAGAAUGUUCUGCCGGACAAACCCAAUAAGGCUGAUUUACAACUCAAUUCUCAGCCAGACCAAGCAAUACGUUACAAUGUAGAGUUGAUAUAAAACAAAUGCCUUUGCCCUCAGGCAAAGAUUCCCAAAAUUCCUCAACAGUGGGCUAGUUGGAAAGCAUGGGGGCACUCUGUUACUGUGAACUCCGACUGGUCCUGGUACAUCUGUUCCCCCUCUGCUCACCCAAGUAGUUGUAUCCAACAGUAUCCCCCUCACAAUUGGAUCCAUAGUCAAGCCUCAUCUUGUGUAAGUAUUGCUAUUAGUUCAGCCUCCAGCUAUUCCAAGCUAACUCUUGAUUUCCUUAGUCCUGGCAUGUUUGUGUGAAUGAAUGUGGAUUGUUGUGUGAUUUUCCCCCUUAAUAAAAGAAACACUCCAUUCAGAGAAUUCUGUGAUAGUCCUUUUAUCUCUUUUCUCUCAGUAUACACAAGGGAAACGGUUUUGAGAGUCCUUGUAGAUGACUCAAUAAACUGAGCUAAAUAAUCGUUCCCCUAGAGAGAUCCUUGGCUUCAAGUGUUACCUAGCAGUCCCUGUUUUAUCUGUGUGGCAAUGUGUUGCCCCACUACAUACAAAGGAAUUUUAAUGCCUCUCCAUUGAAAAGAUCUCUCCAAGAGUGUGUCAAAAACUCCUGGAGGUGGAGGUGGGAAUGCAUCUUUGGUAUUCUAAGGAUGGGUGGGAUUCAUGGGACAUUUCUGUGCAAGUCUUGCAGUAAAACUCACUUUUCCUGGAGUCCCAUCUGUUGUAUCAGGGCAGGGUGAGAGGUCCAGUCUCCAAGCCUAGUUUAAAAGGAUAAAUAUCAAGGUCAAAUGGUUUGUUUUACUCACUGUGACCCAGCUGUGUGGAAAUAAAAUCUUUGCAGCUUGAUUAAUUUGGUGUGAAUGCUGGCUAGAGCUCAUGGGAAUUGCAGUCCAACAAUAUCUGGAUUUUUUUUUGUGGGUUUUCGAG